GAUGAGUUUCGUGCAAGGUCCUUGAACGCCACAGGUUUUGUUGCAAUCCACAUGCCAACUUACCAGAUGUCGCCCGAGCUUUUUACCCCAAGUGUGUUCUUGAGGCUGAUAUUGCCGGGGGUACUUAGCAAUCCCCGUGGAAGAUCCGUAUCGCGUACAAGCAUAACCUCUGUCAGCCGGUGCUCAGUUUGCUUCAAGUAAUGGCCCAAAAUAUUCCCGAUGCAGGUCGCAAAAGCUGUCAGCGGAUAUCUAUCCUGUUCUGGGACAAUGCGGCGAUCAAUUACUUGGGGUAAUAUUAAGCUUGAAUCCUGCGUGACUCGCCCAGGCUAGCCAUUGACACCAUUCGGCUUGUAUAGACGAUGCUGGAUAAUGCCAGGAUCAUUCUCCGCGCAUCAUCAUCAUCGUGCUGGUUGACCUCCAGUACUCGGUCAGGCGGGAGCACAUGAUUUGAGGCCAUAAGUACUCAACAAUCUGCGCUUUUUUUUGCAGAAACACGCUCGUUUGGUUUUUGCUCUGUUCAAACAUUGUUUAUUCGAGUCAUCGCGAUUCAAACAAGGCCAGCGAAGCGAGAUGGCGGCCAUCAAAAUAGUCAUACUAGUUGCAACCAUUCUUUCCGUCGCAAGAGUGUCAGCAUACAACCCUCGACAAAUAGAAGCAGGUCCAGCUGCAUGUGCCAACUUAACCGGCUCAUUAGGUUCCACAAAAGUUGUCACCAACCAUCUUGACCUGAACUACCUCGAAAGUCAGUUCGAGUACUGGAAUGCCCGCCUGAGUAGCUACGCACCGUCUUGCGUGGUUUACCCAACCUCCGCUCAGGAUGUCUCAGUUGCUAUUCAAGCUAUCCGCAGUUCCGGUUCCCGCUUUGCCGUCAGAGUCGGUGGACACAAUCCUAACCCCAACUUCUCAUCCGUGGAUCAAGGUGUCCUCAUUGACCUUCGAAAUUUGAACCAAAAAUCAUAUGAUCCGUCCACACAGCUAGCCACAUAUGGCCCCGGUCAAUCUUUUGGCGAGGUCUAUGAAUACUUCGACCAGUUUGGAGUGACCGUUGUUGGGGCUCGUCUUUCUGGUGUGGGCACUGGCCUUGCUCUCGGUGGUGGCUUGAGCUACCUCUCUAGUCAGUAUGGUAUGGCAGCUGAUGGCUUCCGAGAGCUGGAAGUUGUCUUACCCAGUGGAGAGAUCGUUACAGCUUCCAGCACAGAGAAUCCCGAUUUAUUCUUUGCCUGCAGAGGUGGCGGCGGAAACGCUUACGGCAUUGUCACAAAAUACACUGUUCAGAGUCGCCCAUCAGGGACCUUUACUGCUGGCAACAUUAUCUACUUGUUUGACCAGACGGAAGCAAUCGGCCAAGCUCUUGCUGACUUCACAAGAUACAACACAGAUCCGAAGGCUGCAAUCAUUGGCACCUACGAAAUCCUCGGUACGCCGGACCUGAAUCUUAACUUGGACAAAGCUGGCAUUCUUUUCUUGGUGUAUGACGGCGAGGAUCCUGGAGAUGUCUUCAAAAAUUUCACAGACAUUCCCAAUGUCAUCAACACGAUUGGCCAGAAAACAUACUUGGACGUGGUUAACAUGCCCGUUCCUUUUGCAGCGCAGCUCUCUCGGGGAGAUAAUUUCUUCCGUGUCCAGGUUCACGGCAUCGAUGACGAUAGCUGGAAAGAUACUAUUUCGAGAUGGCAAAAUUGGACAGACAGUGUCAAGGGCAGCUAUGUCUUGACUUCUUUGGAUUGGCAGCCUAUUCCAAAGACCUUGACGGAUGCAUCAAAAGCGCAAGGCGGUAAUGCAAUGGAUAUGCCCGAUGGGCCUUGGAUAUGGUUCAAUUAUCUUCUCACCACUCCUCCAGGUAUGGCUCAGGCGGAUUAUGAUGCAAUACAGGCCAGCUUCAAGGCAAUGGUAGAAUCAACACCCAAUGCAGAAGGACUGCCGCUGUUUAUAAAUGAUGCCGCAUAUGAUCAAAAUCCUCUCAAGACAUUUUCGACAUAUUCAAAGCUUCAGGAGAUCAAAAAGAAAUAUGAUCCCGACGGGUUCUUUUCCAGCAAGACAGGUGGAUGGAAUUUUAAUGCAUAAAAUAUUCAAAGACAAAAUUCCCUUUGACAUUACUUCACAUUAAAGCUACUUGUUCAACUUAG